CAUAACAACGGGCCGCGUGCCGCGGGACGGCGGCCACAGGGGCUCGGCAGGGAACGCGGCCCCGAACGGGAGUUCCGGGAGCGCUGUCGGUCCGACGGCCUUCGGGCGGCGCCUCCGCGUGCCCUCCGCUGACCUUUGACCCCGCGCCCCAUGAACCCGAGCCUAACGAGUUACUACGCGAGGCGGCGGGGCCGCCCAACGGGCUCGGAUGACCACCCGCUGCCGGCCAACCGCGGCGCGUGGGGGGCGAGGCCGCAAGGAGGGUGCCCAGUAAGAGCGGACGGAGCCGGCCGCGCGGCGAGGCGGGGAAAGGUUCGGGAGGCCGGUUCCGUCCAAUGGGAGCGAAGGCCGGGCGGAGCGCGGCCAAUGGGAGCGGCGGGGGGGCGGGCAUCGCUCCGAAGCGCGGUGAGGCGGCCAUGGCGGCGACGGGCGGGCGGCGGUGCCGGCGGCUGGAGGGCGAGACGGCCCGGGCUGUGCUGGCCGAUGUCGACACGCUGCUGUUCGACUGCGACGGCGUGCUGUGGCGCGGCGAGGCGGCGCUGAGCGGCGCGCCGGCGGCCCUGGGCCGUUUGGCGGCGGCGGGCAAGCGGCUGUGCUACGUGACCAACAACAGCAGCCGCACGCGGGUCGCUUACACCGAGAAGCUGCGGCGCCUCGGCUUCCCACCCGCCGAGCCCCGCCACGUUUUCGGCUCGGCCUUCUGCGCCGCCCGCUACCUCCGCCAGGCCCUGCCGCCCGGCGCCUCCGCCUACGUGCUGGGCAGCCCCGCGCUCGCCGCCGAGCUGGAGGCCGCCGGGAUCCCGCACUUCGGGCCCGGCCCCGCCGCCCUGCCCGGCCCCGCGCCCGCAGACUGGGCCCAGGCGCCGCUGGAGCCGGCGGUGCGCGCCGUGCUGGUGGGCUUCGACGAGCACUUCAGCUACGCCAAGCUGUGCCAGGCGCUGCGCUACCUCCUGCGCGGCCCCGACUGCCUCCUCGUCGGCACCAACCGAGACCACCGCCUGCCGCUGGAGGGCGGCUCCGCCAUCCCCGGGACCGGCUGCCUGGUAAAAGCCGUGGAGACAGCAGCAGAGCGCGAGGCUUUCAUCGUCGGGAAGCCCAGCCGUUAUAUAUUUGACUGCGUGGCCAGCGAGUUUGAUAUCGACCCUGCACGCACCAUCAUGGUGGGGGAUCGGCUGGACACGGACAUCCUCAUGGGCAACACCUGCGGCCUCACCACGCUGCUGACACUCACCGGGGUCAGCACGCUGGAGGAAGUGAGAGGGCACCAGGAGAGUGACUGCCCUGCCCGGCAGAGCCUGGUGCCUGAUUACUAUGUUGAUAGCAUAGCCGACCUUCUUCCUGCACUCGAGCAUUAAUAGAGCAGAACGCUGGCAGUCUUGGGAGCCGUACCCCGAGGAGGGCCCCAAUUAAUCAUCUCGUGACAGUAACGUACUUGCUAUGAUACCACCUGAAAUUAGCAGCCCUUAGCUUUUUAACCCUUUUGUCCUCUUGGUAUGAUUUUGUUUACAUCUUGGUCUUUUAAAAUGCACUUUGAAACAAAGAGGGCAUUAUGGUGUCACCCAAGUCUUGUGGGUUUGGAGGUUUUUUUUGUUUUGUUUUUUUUUUUUUUUUUUAAAUGAUAAGCAACACGUAUAGCCAAACAUUUGUGAUACUCAGUGUCAUGUUGUCCUCUGGACUGAGGUGAGGAAAGCAGAGCCAAUAGAGCUGAGGAAGAGAACCCAGCAACUUGCAGCAUGUCCUCCUGGACAGACUGUGGCUCAGUCUGAUUUAUUCAGGGAAAUGACUUUUGGAGUGUCUAGUAACUUAGCAGCUGUGCUUGGAAAUGCUUGCAGUGGCUGACAGAAUUAGUAUUUGGCCUUUGGAUUGAUUUAUUUUAACCCCAGAUUGGGUCUGUUCUGCAGUAUGGCCCACUCUAAGUGUGACUUAGGAACUGAAAGCGGUCUCCUUUAUGUGGCCGUUACAAAUUGCACUUGUAAUGCAGAUUAGGGUGAUUCCACAUGCAAAAUACGAGUGGUGUCUUCUGUAUACUGUAGUUGUCCGGGUGUUGGGUGUAUGUGUAAAGUACAUGUACAUACAAGAACUACCCUAAUCCUAACUCUAUGUCAGAAUAUAUUUAAAAUAUAAAUUUAAGUAUAGUAUAUGAUAAUAUAUCUUCUUUCCCAGAAGGGAAGCUAUGAGGAAUGUAAUUCACUGAUCACAAAAGUUUUGACUCUCAUUAAGCUUAUGCAUUUGGUAAUGCAGAAAAUAUGUAACCAUAUAGGACUGUCCUUCACUCCUGCUGUCCCCAGCAGUAACUGGAUUGAUCAGACUCCAGGUUCGCUCCCGUUCUUCCCUCAGUGAGUCACAGCUCAGUCUACAUCUGUUGAACCCCCCAUUUCAGCUCUCCACUGAAAUAAACCUGGAAGAGAACCAACUAUAUAUGACGACAGCACGUGCUUCCUUUAAAUAGCUGAAUUUAAUAUCUUCCUUGUGUGGCUGGUGUGGGUGCCUGGCACAAGCUGCUUGGCUGAAGAGUUUGCUUGCUCAGGUAAUGAUUUUAUUUUGAUCCCUAGGUAGCUUUUGUGUGAUGCAUAGCUCAGGCUAUGGGACAGAUUUUUAUGCAGGCUAACUUGAAGGCUACGGUUCCAAGCUUUUGUAUUGCAGAAUCAAGUGAAAAAUUAUAUAUGCAAAUAAUGUUAUUUUAUGUAUAGAUUCAACUGUUGUCAGUUAAAUUUAAGCACUGACCUUCCUUCAUUUCCCAUUGUUGGGUUGAAUAGCUCUGGCUGUAUCAAUGCCGUUUCCCUCCACUCAGACACUAGAAAUGAGUAGAUUUACCACCUUGUUGGUACAGCAAUAACUGUGCAGCCCAUAUUGUCUUUCACUGUUAUGAAAGUAUUAGCUGGAUCUUGUAAAAGACUUCCAUAAUUCAGAGUUGUGUAAGGAAGCACAAAUAACCUCUUCCCUGUUCUCGUCUCUAUCCAAGAAGGUUUGCAAAAGUCAGGAAAACUUUCAUGUUACCUGGGUUACACAGAAAUGGACAUUGUGGGUUUACUGCAGGUAGGAUCCGACUCGAUGUGUUCUUCAGUUCACUUCCUGCAUUUGGUGCUUCUAAUCUCAGAAUAUGUCAAGUAAACCAGUACAUGCCAGGUGAGGCGUUCAGCCUCUUGGUGCAGCACGCUGUCCCUGUUGAGCACUGUUCACUGUACAACCCAUACCUCGAUUCCCUUAUGCUGAAAUGUAUUCUUGAAGGUGUCAGUUGUGCUUCAGAACUCUGUAUCAACUUCCCAACAGUUUUUAAGCCUCUACUUCAGUUCACAUUAAACUUGCAAACCUGCUUUUCCCUUG